ACCCCCACUCUCACUCUCUCUCUCUCUCUACUCAAAAUAGCAAAAUUAGAAAGAGAAAGAGAAAGAGAAAGAGGAAGAGAAAGAGAGCGUGUGGAAGAAGAUAAUGAGCGAUUGUAAACGCUGUGUUCCGUUAGCUUCUGCCAUGGAAGCUUCUUCUUCCAGCGAAGAUAAUGUUUCUAAGAAAAGGAAGACCACCACUUCGUAUGAGUUUUUGUUAACCUCUACUUCGGAUGCGCCGCACCGCCAGCGUCUUCCUAGCUUCGGUUAUUCUCUCGCCGCGGCUAGGUUCAACGACGUCACCGUAUCGCCGGAAGGUUCGCUCAAUUCCUCCGGCACGGUUGUUUCCUUCGAAUUCUGCUCGGAUCGCUCUCCGCACUCUUUCUGUAGCUCCGCCUUUGAAGUCGCGAAGGAGCUCGAUACGACGCCGUUAGAUCUGGAGGUUCAGACCAAGGGUUUCGUAACUGUUGACUCAACGUUCCACAAUUUCAAAUCCAUCAGUUUGUUGAGUGAGCAGUGUGGAGACUCGGAAGAAUCGGCGGCUGUGGUGAGGCAGCAUGAGCAAAAAUCUACGGCAGCGAAGAAGGAGAAGGUGCCAGAGGUGGAGAUUGAAGAGUUCUUCGCAAUGGCUGAGAAGUACGAACAAAAACGGUUCGCUGAGAAGUACAACUUUGAUAUUGUUGCAGAUAUGCCGUUGGAGGGUCGGUACCAGUGGGUUCGUUUACAGUGAAUGCCUUGGGAGAGAGAGAGAGAGAGAGAGGGGGAGAGAGAGAGAGUGUCACUGAUUCUGAGUUUAUUUGUAGAGUGUAGUGGAUAGUGCUGUGUAGUGGAAGAAAGAAGCUAAUUAACAUGACAGGAUGUAACACGAAAUUGAGGUUGCAAAUUCUGGUUGCUCCGGGUAGACGGUGAUGGCUGGUGUUGGCGGCGCGUGGUGCGUUUGGUUGGUUUUUUAAUUUUACUUUUUGUGUACAGAUAACUGUUUAGUACAACAAGCUGGCUACUUUUAUUCCUUAAUUAUUCCCUUUCUGCAAUAACGCAACCUUCGCGAUCAUAGAUAGAACUUGUAGGGAGAAAAAGAGAGAGAAAGAGAGAAAGGAACUGGGUUAAGUGGGAAAACAAAAAAAUAUACAAAGAGCACAGAAAUUCCCAUAGUGAAUUAGUGGCUUAAUGUUUUAGAAUUUGUAGUUUGAGACCGUCUGUUCAGCUAAUUCUUAGGGCUGUUUUAUUACUCAUUAUUGGAAGAAUUCAUGGAUAGAGAUGACAUUAAUUCUUAUUUGGUAAUUUUCUAUGAAAAGUGUCUUUUGUUCGAGCUUC